GGAAAUCACGUCCCCCAAAACCUUACGCGCCAGAAGUGCCUACCCUCGCCCACGCCCGCUCCUACGUCUCUCGGCGUCCGUCUCUUCCCUUCUGCUCCUCCUCCUCCCUUCAACUCCUAGCUUCAUCGCUCACACGCGGAUGGCUUCGCCUCCUUACGCAUUUCCGAUCCAACGCGAGGCACCUUUGUUCCGCCGACUCUUGGACCGGGCGUAAAUUCUAAGUUCCCUGCGUAAUUCCCACCCCAAUUCGCGGGACAAAGCCAUAUCGGAAUCUCCCUCAUCGCUGCCGACUCUGGGCUUCGCUUUACCCAGAGCGGGAGAAGUCGAGGGGUUUCUUUCGUUCCCCGUCUUAGGCCUGGCCUUCCUCGUCUAGCGUUCUAGGCCAGCCCGCUCUCACGACCUCCAGAAACCGGCCUCCCAUUGCCUCGUAUCCGUGAUUGAACCAAGCUCCCCGACAUGUCCGAUACGAACGAUCAUGUCUACCAAUAAUAUGUUCGAGAAUGCUUUCAGGAAGCUCCAAGAAAUCCCCCCGGAAUUCCACCUGUGCUGUCCCAAGAUUUCGUCGGAUGACGAAGAGAACUAUGAUGACCUCGACGCCCCCGGCGGCAUCAGUGCCGCCGAGAAGCGGAGGAGAAUACUGCAGGGAAAAGAGAGGUUGGAUCAGACGUAUUCGUGCUCGUUGAUAUUGGGCAUGGCCGCAGAGUCGGACGGCGGGAUGGGCCGGCAAUUCGGUCAGCGCACCAGCGCCUUCCUCACGUCCUGCUCAACUUGUGUGCGGAACUGGCACAAGGGACGUAGACCUUUUCUGAAGGACAUCUCUCAGGACUACGACGAGAGCGUGGUCGCCGAGAUGGAGAAUCGACUAAAUCAAUUUGACUUUAGCCGCAUCACCGAAGGCCUCGCGGAAACCGCCGAGUUCAUCAACGCCCACGACGGCGUGGCCGGCCAGAAUAUAUUCAUCAAGGAGAACCGACAGGAGCUGCUCAUCGCCCUCUACGAAGCCAUAUGCUGCAUGCCCUACUUGAGCCUGCCCGAUAACCGAGUCCACUUCAACUUCGUCUUCGAGGCUAUGCAGAAGCGAAAACCCCUGAAAUUGGGCGAGAUUCUCCCAACUAUGACGUACUUCCUCUUCGACGAGAACCCGAUCCGUAACCGAUUCGCUGUCUACGCGUUUUCGCAGCGGCCGCCGAUCACCCCCGAGGACUUCGACUGGGCAAUCAAUGACAGUCUCGCAGACGCCAUACUGAAGGCUAAUGACACCAACGCGUCCACCCAGUCUAUACUGCGCUUCUGGCAAGGAUUCCUCUACAUUCUGGAAGCCCUCGACGAGAGCCUCGUAAUGCACUCCCUAAGAGCCAUGACCACGCAGCCGAGUAUUUACGAGCUGCUGCUCGCACAUAUGGCUAGAAUCAACUCGGUUUCCGUCUUGAAAUUGCUGCUGAAGGCGUUUUGCGCGCUGAUACAGAAGUCCCCCAAAACGUUUUGGGAUGCGUAUAGUCAUUAUUCCCACACGGCUGUGGCCGAGCAGAUCCUGGGGAACCCGGCCUUCAAAUCGCUCCUCGCCGAGUCUGCGGAGAGCGAUCUGUCGGAGGACCCGGCAGCCAUCUCCUGGGUGAAACCGUUUGUAGAAUCGACCCAUAUACACCAGAAGAGCGAUAUCUGUGAUGCUCUCCUCCACCAUUUCCUUCAAAGAUACGCCCAAGUUCCUGCCAUGACGUCGGGAGGCAAGCUUGCCUGCUCCCUUGCCGCGGUGGAGGCGCUCUCGGCUACCUUGGAAGCCUUCGUCUCCCCGAGCUAUAAGCUGCACGCCGGGUCGUCGACCAUCCAUACGAACGCGACCUUGAAUCUCACGUUGAAGUAUAAGGAUCUGAUCAUCCAGUUUGCCCAGCUUCCAGCGAAUGGCCAGACAAAUAUCGUCUUGUCACGUGCUGGACUCUCCGUGAUUAAAAAUGCUCUAGCCCUUGACUCUCGUGUUACUGCCGAGGAGUUUAACGCACUUCAGAACAGCGAUAGCCACGUCCAACGGGAGAUCAGGCGGAACUCGGCAGGCCUUUGGGAGGCAUUCCUGGAAAUUCUUCACCCUGGUACGUACGACCUGGCCAAGGCGAUGUUGGUUGCUACCGGCCCGCUAGUUACGGUGGAGGCCUUCCUGCCUCUGAAGAGACAAACUCUAUCGCCGACGAAGAAGGAAUUCAAUAUCGAGUUUCGGAAAACGUCUGAAGUCGUAGGGCGGAUGAUCGAGAGGCUAAGCGUCUUCACCGAAGAUACCUUGCAACAGCUAUGCUCCGACAGCUCUACAAUCCUGCCCAUCGUCGCGGCUCUCGUGAACGGUGAGCAGGAUAUAAACCAAGCCGGUUCAUCCUUCAUCAAGACGGUCACAAACGAGGAGAGGAGGCCCGAGGCCGUCUUGAAGUUACUCCAGAUCCACCUUGCCCCCGCCCUAGGUUCUUAUACCAAGGUUGUCGAGAACAUCAAUGGGAAGAUGUCCCUGUGGUCGCCCCAGUUCAAUAUUCUACGAUACUCGAGGGAUAUUCUCAAUGGCCUCUGCGACCCAGCAUCUGGCAUACUGCGCUCGAAAACUUUGAGCAUUAGAGAGCGUGAGGUGCUCGGUUCCUGGUGGGUAUCGCAAUGGAUCUUCCUCGACAACGCGUUCACCCAGACGGAAGCCUGGAGUCAUUUGGUUGACAUGGAGACAAUGAAGGAAUUUUGCCGAGAAGCCAUGGAGCUCGCCGAUGCACUCCUGGCUCAAGACGGUCUUUUAGCUUCGGCACUGAGUCCGCAAACCGUGCAUUCCACCACGCCCGACGAUGGUAGAGACCCCGAGGGGCAAGCCAUGAGAGACAUCCUCGAGCAGCCACGGAAGUAUUGCAUGGGCCUUUGCAAGAUGCUCCGUCUCAAGGAUCUGUAUCUCGUCAGCGUAAUCGUCGGUGUCCUUGGCAAACUCUUAAGGCGCUUAGUGGAGUUCGACAUAGAGAUUCCUCCUCAACCUUUCGCAUAUAUCAAGAAUACUUGUAUUAAGAACGCUGCGGGGCGCUACAAUACUCAAACGAAUCUGAACGAGCGUCAGCGUGCCGAGCUGGUGCGAGCACUGGGCGAGGAUAGCCAAGAUGAAGAUGUGCAGAUUAUCGCAAUCACCAAGUCCGCCGACAACCAGAAGCGGCAAACUAGGCUUGAUGCUUGGUCGAAGUCCGCUGAGACGAUAUCAGGCGCACCGAGCGUGCCUCAGAAGGAAAAGCCGACCCUCAAGUCUAGCAAGGACGAUGUGCGUGAGCUGCUCCGGACCUCGUCCUCGGAGAAGGCUCGCUCCACACUAGAAAAAAUGAGAGCCCGGCAACCAGACACGAAAUCUCAGGCCAGUAAUUUAGCAUCUAUUAAGGAAAAGCGCACCAGGGAGGCCGAGGAGAAGCGGAAGAGGGAUGCCGAGGCUAUUGCUAGAGCGAGAGCUCUACGUGCUCCCAAGCCGCUUGUCAGUGGCGAAGGGUCUGGUCUUCAGGGGCUUUCCGGCGUUCACGGCAAGGACCAUGUUGUGCAUAAGAGCGAUAUCAUGGUCAAUUCGUCGUCAGAGGACGAGGAGGACGAGGACGGUGAUGCCGAGUUCUUGGCACGAACCACCGGAGCGCAGACACGUCCGGCAGGCGCGCAAUCCGCGAAGGUAAACCUCCGUCUACCCGUGAAGAAAGUAAAAAUUCAACGGUCCGCAAAGGACAUGAGAGCGCGGCUCAUCCCCCCGAUGGAUGUGUUGCACCAGGCCAUUCUCGAAUGGGACAUCUUUCAUGAGGGCAGCGACCCACCGAACGGGAUAACGUGCUCCAAGGUCUCUGAUUCAUACCGUGAUCCGCGAGAAUACAAGGAGACCUUCCUGCCGCUUUUGAUUAACGAGGCUUGGAGGUCUUUCGUGACGGCCAAGGACGAAACGACGUCGAAACCAUUCGAAAUCAAGAUCGUCAACCGGAUGAAUGUUGACAAAUUCGUCGAAGUCAGCACCGCUAUGCCCAUAGCUGAGAACAAGGACAGGUUCCUCGCGGAAGGAGAUAUCAUACUGUUCUCCCACGCGCCGAAGCCGCUGGAGGCCACGGAGGAAUUGCAUUGUCUGGCCCGUAUCUGGCGCACUCAGUUCAAGAAUGGAAACAUCGAGGUUCAGUUCCGCUUGAGCGGUCGAGCUGGCCCUAUCCUAUCCACGAUGAUGCCCCAGGCCGAACUCUACGCCGUCAAGAUUACGAAUAUGACAACAAUUGAACGAGAAUAUGCUUCGCUGGAGAGUCUCCAGUAUUAUGAUCUGAUGCCGGAGGUCCUUGAAGCCAAACCGUCUCCCAUGCUCAAAUUCAGCCCCGAAGCCGUCGAGCAGGUCAUGAAGAACUACCAACUAAACCAAGGUCAGGCAAAGGCAAUCCUGAAUGCGAAAGAGAACGAUGCAUUCACAUUGGUUCAAGGGCCUCCUGGAACGGGCAAGACGAAAACGAUAGUAGCUAUGGUUGGGGCUUUACUUACCGGUAGUUUCACUGCACCGACCGGCACACUUAUCAAGCGGCCGGGCGGUUCGAGUUCGACGGGUAUUAGAGGAACGACCAAGAAGCUUCUCGUCUGCGCUCCGAGUAACGCCGCUGUCGAUGAACUGGUUCUUCGACUCAAAGAUGGGGUUAAAUCCACAACCGGGUCCUUCCACAAGGUCAACGUGUUACGCCUGGGUCGUAGCGAGGCGAUAAACGCCGCCGUGAAGGACGUCACUUUGGACGAGAUGGUCAAGGCCCGUGUCGAGGGCGCAGCAAACCAAAACAACGGCCCGAACUCACGCGAUCUGAUGCACAAAGAAGCCGGCCAAAUCAAGUUGGAAUUGGCCGACCUACGACCUCAGCUAGAGGCGGCAAGAACUGUCGGAGAUAGAAACCAAACAAAUCAACUGCAGCGGAAAUUCGACGAACUCAAACGCCGUCAAGCCCAGAUCGGCGCGAAGAUCGACGCUGAUAAGGAUAGCGGGAAUACUGCCGCUAGAGAGAGCGAAAUUCGGCGGCGCCAGAUCCAGCAAGAGAUUCUCGAUUCUGCUCAAGUCCUUUGCGCGACGCUCAGCGGGAGUGGGCACGAGAUGUUUAAGAAUCUCCAAGUUGAAUUCGAAACCGUGAUAAUCGACGAGGCAGCUCAGUGCGUCGAGCUGAGCGCGCUUAUCCCGUUGAAGUACGGCUGCUCCAAAUGUAUUCUCGUCGGCGAUCCCAAGCAGCUUCCGCCGACAGUGUUGUCACAGUCCGCCGCGCGGUAUGGAUACGAUCAGAGUCUCUUCGUUCGUAUGCAGCGCAACCAUCCGGAUGACGUCCACCUACUCGACACGCAGUACCGCAUGCACCCAGAAAUUAGUUUAUUCCCUAGCCAGGAAUUCUACGAGCGACGCCUCGUAGAUGGUGACGAUAUGAGAAGGCUACGUCACCAGCCGUGGCAUCAGAGUUCAUCCCUAGGGCCGUAUCGCUUCUUCGACGUGAAAGGUAUCCAGGAGAAAGGUCGGAAGGGUCAGUCGCUUAUCAACUUGGAAGAGCUCAAAGUCGCCAUGCAAUUGUACGAGAGGCUUGUCACAGAUUAUCCGAACAUCGAUCUUAAAGGGAAAAUUGGGAUCAUCACCCCUUACAAGGCCCAGCUGUUCGAGCUCCGCGACCAGUUUUCUCGCCGGUACGGAGAAAAAAUCAAGGAUCAGAUCGAGUUUAACACCACAGAUGCUUUCCAGGGUAGAGAGUGCGAGAUCAUCAUCUUCUCGUGCGUCCGAGCUAGUCCCACGGGCGGCAUUGGUUUCAUGACGGAUAUUCGUCGUAUGAACGUCGGCCUGACUCGAGCGAAAUCCUCGCUUUAUAUCCUCGGCGAUUCGAGAGCUCUUGUUCAGGGCGAAUUCUGGAACAAACUUAUUGAAGAUGCGAGAGCUCGAGAUCGCUAUACCGCCGGUGACGUCCUCUCUCUACUAAGAAGACCCGGAUCCCAACUACCCCCCCCUAGCUUCGAUACUCAACCGACACCGGGGUUGUCCUCUCCCGCCACUUCUCAACCUGCCCUAGCCGGUGACGGCGACGUCGACAUGGUUAUCGAAGACAGUACCCCCUUAACCCGGGCACCCCCGAAAAGGAACAAGUCACUUCCGCUACCGCAAACAUAUACUAUUAUCGAGCGACCAGGGCCGAGAUCGUUAGCGAAUAAUUCCGCCCCAAGAUACGGCGGGAUCAACGAGCGUGGAGAGAGUGCCGUCAUGGCCCUCUCAUCUGAACGCCCGGUGAUACAUCAGUCGGGGCGAAAGCGGCCGAGGGAUGAAAUGGACGACGGCCAGAUCCCGAAGAAGAUUGCUAGCGGAGGCUUGCCAAGCGCGCCGCCGAGCGCGCCCCGAGCCAUGCGACAAUCGCAGGAUUUGUCCGAGUCGUCAUCUGCAUCCUCCUCCUCUACCUCGCAACGCCGGGAAGCGCCCAAGGGCCCAUCAACCUCCCAACCACCCAAGCCGAUGCCGCCGAAGAAGAGGCCGCCACCCUCGUCUGAUCCUUUUAUCAGACGUAAGCCUAAUAGACCUCGAUGAGGGUCUUAAACAAUGAACAAGUCCUUGACUUAGCUAUACGGCAUAAAAGAGGUCCAUGAUGAUGCUAACGCCGGUGCAUAUGAAUACCGACUAACAUCCAAUGCGCGUGGGCGCUCCCACUAAACGAAUGCGACGUGUCUUCACCCUCCUUACCUCCCCUUAAACGGAACCUUUAUUGGACGACAUUAGAUGGUUGAUACCCGGGCAUUGCAUCUAUAGCUAGAGGGGAAGGGGCAGAACUUGAUAGAGUGGACGAUACUGGCUAAUCGAUGCUGCCACUGUAGUAGUAGUAGAUGUGAUACCCAUAGUAGAGACGGCGUGAUCGGGCCGCCAAAUAACCACGAUGAGCCGGGUCAGUCUAGGUAGGUAGACUGCACGGUCGCCCUAGUUGAUCUGAUGUGAUACAUCGAACAUGCGGUG